AUUUGGAGUUGCACAAACCGGUCCAAGAAAUCACAUGUAGACCGUGCGAUCCUGCCAAGUACCUGAGGUUUGCAGUGUCUCGUUCUCCUUUCGUUCACUUCCACUUGCCGCCAACCACCUUUCUCUCCCCGGGAUCCGUUUUAACCAUACGAGAUCACUCUCACGCAAUACAAGAACAAGCUGAUCUGUGCAAGAGCACUUGAGCAACCUGCUUCCAGAACUCCUCUGAAUCGCGAGGCGUUAUGGGUCUGUUCCGUAUAACGCCCGCUAUAUGGGAGAAAGUUCAUCAUUAUGCGGCAUUUCCACAGACUCCAGUCUCACUCCAGCAGAUGGUGCUCUUUGGCCAGAACCCGUCGCAUGGGACUCUUUUACAAGCUAGUAGAUUCCUUUCUGAAGAAUUACCGGUCCGAUUGGCGCACCGCGUUAAGGAGCUUGAUGAGUUACCUCACAGCUUGAACGAGAUGCCAUCCAUCCAGAAGGUUAAGAACUGGUAUGCCAACUCGUUCGAGGAGCUCUCCACAUUUCCUCCAUAUGUACCCCCACCCGAACUUCGCGAGAUCUUAAACGCGUCCCCUGGAGCGCGCCAGACGGCCAAGAUGCUUCCAGAGUCUAUACCCAACCCCGCAUUAGACAAACUCCUCGGGUCGCAGGGAGCGCCCUCUUCGAAGGGCAACGGAAAUGGGAAUGGGAAUGGCCACAACUUCGGACACGGAGACAGAAGCAAAGCAAGGGUGCCUAUUGAGAAAAGGUACUAUCUCAAUGCACCUAUGGACGUCAAAUACCCACCUUCAGUCCUUGAAUACAAUUCCAACUUUACCAAGCUGCUCGAGAACAUAAAACGGAGACACGACCCAACAGUCACUACCGUUGCCCAAGGCAUCCUGGAAUGGAAACGAUCGAGAAAUGUGAUGAAUAUUGGAAUAGAUGUUCAGAAUUGGCUUGACCGAUUCUAUAUGAGUCGCAUUGGAAUCCGGUUCCUGAUGGGACAGCACAUUGCACUAAACACACUUCAGUCGCACGAGGAUUAUGUAGGGAUCAUCUGCGUUAAUUCCAAUGUCCACGAUAUUGCCCAGGAGGCAAUCGACAACGCUCGGUUCGUUUGCGAAGAGCAUUACGCUAUGUUCCGCGGUCCCCCUGUGCAAUUAAUCUGCCCAAAUAAGCUUACCUUUCCCUACGUCCCCGGGCAUUUAUCUCACAUUCUCUUCGAACUCCUGAAAAACUCCCUUCGUGCUGUCGUCGAGCGAUUUGGCGCUGAAGAAUCAAAUAUCCCACCCAUCAAGAUAAUCGUUGUAGAAGGCAAGGAAGAUAUUACUAUCAAGAUUAGUGAUGAAGGAGGGGGGAUCCCUCGGAGUGCAAUCCCCCUCAUUUGGACGUACAUGUAUACGACGAUGCAGAACCAAUCAUUGGACCAGGAUUUCCAAUCGAGCGAUUUCAAAGCGCCAAUGGCCGGGUUCGGGUAUGGUUUACCACUCUCGAGGCUGUAUGCACGCUACUUUGGGGGCGAUUUGCGCUUAAUCUCUAUGGAGGGGUAUGGGACGGACGUGUAUAUUCAUUUGAAUCGCCUUUCGAGCAGCAGGGAGCCUCUUCUUUAAUCCACUGUCAUUUCACAUUAUUUGUCGCCAUAUCUGUGCACAUAUCUCGUAGUAUUCUGCAUUUCUGCCAUAUCAUUGCCUCGGCUGCUUCUUCC